AUGGUGAUGAGAUCUUUGAGGAAAAGAAACAACAACAAAAACAACAACAACAACGAUGAUGAUGUCGAUAAUAUCCUCAAAACGAAGAGAAGUCGGAGAAGAAAACCCGAAAAAUCGCCUCCACAACGUAGCUCCGUUUACCGGGGUGUUACUCGGCACCGGUGGACGGGUCGAUACGAAGCUCAUUUAUGGGACAAGAAUUGUUUGAGUGAGAACAAGAACAAGAAAGGAAAGCAAGGGGCCUACGAUGACGAAGAAGCAGCUGCACAUGCAUAUGACUUAGCCGCACUGAAAUAUUGGGGACAAGAGACCAUCACUAAUUUUCCUCUUACUAGUUAUGGGAAAGAGCUUGUUGAAAUGGAUGGUCAAUCAAAGGAAGAGUACAUUGGUUCAUUAAGAAGGAAAAGCAGUGGUUUUUCUCGAGGAGUAUCAAAGUACAGAGGAGUGGCCAGGCAUCAUCAUAAUGGUAGAUGGGAAGCUCGUAUUGGGAGGGUCUUUGGCAACAAAUAUCUCUAUCUUGGGACUUAUGCUACUGAGGAAGAAGCGGCCACUGCAUACGACGUAGCAGCUGUAGAAUAUCGAGGACUUAAUGCCGUCACCAACUUUGACAUGAGUCGUUAUAUCAACUGUCUUGAUAACAACAACAACCCUACAAACUCCCCCACAGAUAGAGUCGAGCUCGACGAUACCACCGCAUUAGCACCGGGGCCCACCUUCUGCUCCAGCCCAUCAUCUACCUCAUCCUGCCCACCCAGGCCCAGGACUACUUGCUUUCCAGAUCAUAUUCAGACAUUCUUCGACAUUCAAGAUUCGAGCAGCUUUGCCGAGGAUCAUGGCAUUGCCUUUGGAUAUUACGACGACUCUUUCGCGUCCAUCAUGUUUCAGUCUGACCAACUUCAAACUAAUUAG